AUGGUUAUUAGUAUAUCAUUACAAAACAAUGUUGGUAAAGUAACAAGUGCAAUGUUACCAGAUAGUUUUAAAAUGGAUGAAUUUACAAAAAUGUUAUCAGAAAAAUUGGGUGAUAUUGAAGGACAUCGCUUUGUUAUGGAUGGUAAACAAUUACGUUUGAAUGAUAAACAAACAUUUAAUCAACAAAAAGAACAAAUAACAAAUGGAAAGGUUAUUUUUGUUCUCGAUCGUCUACCUGGUGGUGGUUACCUCGAAAUGUCACUGCUAAUUGACAUUGUUCUAGUUGAACUUGAAAACGAAUUAGGAAAAGUCAAGAAGCAAGAGCAUCAGUGUGCCGUUUGUAUGGACAGUAAACAAUGUAUGAAACUAUGCUGCUCAAAAAUUUGUCAAGAAUGUUUCAUUCGGUACUUCAAAACAAGUAAUCUAAUUCUCAAAUGUAUGGUAUGUCAAACAAGAAUCACCUACGAGAACUUUUUCGUCUCAAAAGAAUUCAUCAAAACCCUAAUCUCAUUAGAUGAAAUAAAAACUUUAAUGAAAAAUAUUGACUGUCAAAUUUGUCACUGUGGAACAUUAGUGGUAAAUGAAAAAUUAUAUCCAAAACAAACAUGUUUAAGAUGUAAACGCUGUUUUUGUUUUUUUUGUAACAAAAACUGGAAUGAUGAACAAAUGCUCAAUGUAUCAAAAUUUACAUGUCAUUCAAAUUGUGACUAUGAAACACGAAUAACAUAUGAACUUGUACUAUUACAAUACAAUAAUGCAGUUCAAGUGCCUAGUCGACGAUGUUGUCCACAAUGUUUAAAUUUGGGUGCUUAUGAUGAAAAGUGUAAAUAUCACUGUUGCACAAUCUGUAAACACGUAUUCUGUUUCAUCUGUUUGGAACCGGAAGAGGAAUGUAAAAGAAAAUAUAAUUCAAGCUAUCGCCUUAAAUGUACUGAUAUGAAAGAACAAGACUAUUCGAUAUUUCCAAAAAUUAAUGACUAG